GGAAUCCGCUCAUAUAAAGGAAUUGCCUGUGCUUUGUCGCUGCUGUUUUGGAAGUUCUCUUGGCAGCUUUACCAUGUCUGGACGCGGCAAGGGCGGGAAGGGCCUUGGAAAAGGUGGCGCUAAGCGUCACCGCAAGGUUCUUCGCGAUAACAUCCAGGGUAUCACCAAGCCCGCCAUCCGUCGUCUGGCCCGGCGUGGAGGAGUUAAGCGCAUUUCUGGCCUCAUCUAUGAGGAGACCCGCGGGGUGUUGAAGGUGUUCCUGGAAAAUGUGAUCCGCGACGCGGUCACCUACACCGAGCAUGCCAAGCGCAAAACUGUCACCGCCAUGGAUGUGGUCUACGCGCUGAAACGCCAGGGCCGCACCCUUUACGGCUUUGGCGGUUAAGCUGCUGGUUCUCGGCGAUCCUAAUAUUUCCACCAAAGGCCCUUUUCAGGGCCGCCCACAUAUUUCGAUGAAAGAGCUGGCUAGCA